CGUAUUGGAUCCAUCAUGGUUACACAUCCAGUUGCCUGAACGCCGGCCUGCCUGCCUCAACAUCCGAAAUUUAAAUAUACUGUUGAUAAUAUUAAAAACAACCCAGUCACAAAAUGAUGACAGCUAUGAACAAAGUCAAUCACAAGAUCAAGGCGAUGACUACGAUGAAUCAAAAACCCAUUAUCAUCGACUGCGGCAUAAUAGGAAAUCGAAAUACCCAGUAUUUAAUGCAUUACCCUAUACCAACGAAUAUGACUACCACUACAACGAGGACGUCUGUGAUUGCUCCUGUGACAAAUGUCACAUCGUGAAGCCAUGUUGCAAGGAAUUCUGCAUGAAUUGUCAUGCCAUGAGUCAAGCUAACGUUUAUUAUUUCCCAUAUCCAUUUCCACAGUACCCCGCCGCCGCAAUUCCACCAUAUGCUGUAAUUAUUCCAAACUCGACAAUACCAGAGAUUUUAGUUACCUCAACACCUUUCACAAUCACAUCACAACCGAUUACAAUGACAACAAGAACUGCAAGUACUUCAACGGCGGCUCCAUCUACUUUACAAAAAUCGUCAUCAACUGUGGUGGAAUCAUCUUCAUCUUUGUCAAUAACGCCAGACUCUCGAAGAGAAGCAGUCAUUGAAGUAAGUGACAUUUACAUAAAUGAAAAUAUUCGAAAUAACGAUGCAAAAUAUAUUUUGACGUCUCUACGAAGAACCAAGCCUUACUGGCAGGCAAGUGGUGUAGUGCCCAUUCCAAACAAUUUGGCAGAGAAACUAAUGACCCAAAUGAAAGACGACACAAAACGUAAUCGAAGAGGAUAUAGAUCUAAUUGA